UCAUCAGCAAAAUUACAUCAAAAUUCGUAACCCUAGAAACUUUCUCUGUGAAAAUGUCUGGUCGUGGAAAGGGAGGCAAGGGAUUGGGAAAGGGAGGAGCCAAGAGGCACAGGAAGGUUCUAAGAGACAACAUCCAAGGUAUCACUAAGCCAGCUAUUCGCAGGCUUGCUCGUAGGGGUGGUGUGAAGCGUAUCUCUGGUCUGAUCUAUGAGGAGACCCGUGGAGUGUUGAAGAUCUUGGAGAAUGUGAUUCGUGAUUCUGUCACCUACACUGAGCACGCCAGGAGGAAGACUGUCACUGCUAUGGAUGUUGUCUAUGCUUUGAAGAGACAGGGAAGGACUCUCUAUGGAUUUGGAGGUUUGGUUCAUAGGUUUGGAUUUAGAUCAGGAUUAGCUAUUCCUUCAGCCAGCAGAUCUACAUCUUCAUUAGCGCCUCCUUCUUGUUCAUCAUUUUGCUCAUUAGUGCCUCAUUGUUCAUCAUUUUGCUCAUUAGCGCCUCCUUGUUCAUCAGCAUCUCCAUCUUGCACAUUAGCGCCUGCAGCCUGGAGUUUUGCUGAGACAGAGCAUGGGCAAGUGACUUUUCCGGAGAUUAACACCACCAUUCUUGAGAAGAUCUGCCAGUACUUUUACUGGUCCCUUCAAUAUGCAAGGAGCCUGUUCAUUAGCAACUCCAAAGACAGUAUCACGCAACGUUUCACCACUCUGCGGCUACGAUUUAUGCCCCGCCACAUUUCGAACCCGCCAACCAAGUAUAAAUACCCUCCACCAUCCACCUCAUUCUCAUCAGUAAUUACAUCCAAAUUCAAAACCCUAGAAACUUCAUCUUCUUCAAAUUUCUCUGUGAAAAUGUCUGGCCGUGGAAAGGGAGGCAAGGGAUUGGGAAAGGGAGGAGCCAAGAGGCACAGGAAGGUUCUAAGAGAUAACAUCCAGGGUAUCACUAAGCCAGCUAUUCGCAGGCUUGCUCGUAGGGGUGGUGUGAAGCGUAUCUCCGGUCUGAUCUAUGAGGAGACCCGUGGAGUAUUGAAGAUCUUUUUGGAGAAUGUGAUUCGUGACUCUGUCACCUACACCGAGCAUGCCAGGAGGAAGACUGUUACUGCGAUGGAUGUUGUCUAUGCCCUCAAGAGACAGGGAAGGACUCUCUAUGGAUUUGGCGGUUAGAUUCUGGAGUUUGGUUGGUGUAAUGGUAGUAACUGUAGGUUUAGUUUACAUUGCGUUUGUGGCUGGUGUAGCUGUGGAUUUUAAUUCUCUGUAGCUUCUUUUUGGGUCUUGUUGUUAAGCUCUAUAUUUUGUUAAUAUUCAAGUAAUCAAGUUCACCUUUCCAGAAAUUACAUUGUGUAUUUGCAGCUAAUUACCUUUUUUCUUGA